UGACAACACAGCAAAAACUUAAAUUAAAUUCCAGAAAACGUCUUCAAGUCUUCUUUAAUAAGGUAUAAAUUUCAAGAGGAUCUACCAUUUUUUGUCGGUCAAUGACUCUAAAUAUUUUAUUAAAAUAAAGAGCUGCAUCAGUUGAAUCUUCAUCAGUAACAUAUAUAUUUCUAUUGAUGAUAAUUAAAAAUUCUAAGUGAAAAAAUCAAAUUCAAAUAGGAAGCUGAGACAUUUCUUCUAAAAAAGAUACAUCAUGUUCGUCUUUCCAAUUUUUCUAUUACAGUCUCUGGUAGUUGGAACUGAAGUAAUAAAUUCUAACAUUUUAGACAUCGAAAAUGGGAUGUUGAAUAGAAUAAUUUCUGAGGAUCCUUUAAUAGAAACUCUAGACUUAUCUGGUAUGCAAAUCAGGUCAAUUCGAAGAGAAGCCUUCAAUAAUUUGAAAACACUUAAGACCUUGAACCUGAGAAAUAAUUCCCUCAAGGCUCUGCCAGAAUUCAUCUUCUCUAACCUCAAUAAUCUCGAAUAUUUAUCACUUUCGGAAAACGAAAUCAUAUCUUUAGAUAAAGUUUUUGUUGGAUUAGAUAAUUUGAAGGCUUUAAAUAUAUCCUACCUUCCAAAAUCGUCUAUAAACCCUGGCGAAUUUUUGGGUUUGCCUACAAAUGUCACAAUUUAUAUACGUGGAAACAAAUUAAAUUCUAUUAAUCUAUUGCUAUUUGAAAACGCCUCGUUGCUUGAAGAAAAUAAAAUAGAGGCAUCAGGAUCUAAAACAAAUUAUACAAAUAUAUUCAAUCAUACUGUUACUCGAGACUCAUACAAUUUGACUGAGGUUUGCAUCGACAAUGGCAUUGUAGUAAAUAUAAAAGAGGCUCAAAAAGUGGAUCUUCACUGUGAAAAAAUGAAAUUUAUUCAUAAAGAUAACCUUAUUUGGAUGGACCUCUCUGAAUUAGGAAUAAAAGGAUUUGGCGAAAGUUGGUACCAUCUUCAAAAUGUAGCUGUUAUCUCUCUGAGUGCUAACGAAAUUGAAAAUAUAUCCAAAGAUCUUUUAAAUGAGCUACCAGUAGAUGUUCUUGAAGUGAUGCUGGAUGAAAACAAAAUUAAGAAACUACAUUCAAAAGUCAUCAAAAAUAAGCAUAUCAAAUUAUUAAAUUUAUCAAAGAACUUAAUAGGGGAAAUCGAAGAUCGAACCUUUGAACAUACUAAACUUGAAACACUCUACCUGCUACUCAAUCGCCUCGAAAAUAUGAAUUUCGUCAGAACUUUACCAUCAUCACUAAAAACUCUCAAUCUUGGUACCAACAAAUUUAAAUCGAUUCCAAGCGGUGUGUUUAGAAGUCUUUCAAAUUUGGAAGAACUUCUAUUAAGUAAAAAUCAAAUUACAACUUUGCAAGCUGAUGUUUUUUCUGGAUUAAAUUCUCUCAAAUUGCUUGAAUUGUGGUCCAAUAGAAUUUCUUAUAUUGCACCAGGUUCUUUUAGAAACUUAAGGAGUCUUAAUUCUCUAUAUUUGAGUGGUAACUCAAUUUAUUUUCUUUCUAAUGGAAUCUUAGAAAACAUGGAAGAGUUGACGGAAAUUCACUUGGAUGAGAAUAAAAUCAGGAAAAUUAGAAAAGGGACUUUUAAUCAAUUAUGCAAGUCUUUGACAAAUCUUAAUAUCGAAAGUAAUCAGCUAGAUUCUAUUGAACCUGGAAGUUUUGUCAACAUGCCAAAGCUAACAUACCUCAGUCUGCGAAACAAUUUCCUCACAGUUAUUAAAUCUGGAACUUUUAGGGGUUUGUUUUAUUUGACAGAUUUGUCGAUAAGUCAUAAUCCAAUCUCAAUUAUUGAAAAAAAUUCAUUUUCAAAUGUGUCAACUCUCCUUUAUUUUGCACUUGAUAUGACAAGUACACAUCUUAAAAAAUUAGAAACCGGGAUUUUUUCUGGGCUACCAACAUCAACAAACCUCCAGGUCGAAAAUAAUCAGAUUGAAGUAAUUAAACCUGGUGCACUUGUUGUUUAACAAAAACAAAUUAUUUUAAAUUUAAUUACAUUUGUAUUCGCAUUUGUUAGGGAUUUUGGUCCAAGGAAGAAGAAAUUUCUGAAACCGUUUCCCAAGCGCAGCCGCUUACCGCGCAAAAUAGUGAAAAUCACGAAUGGUCACCCAUACGAGGUUUAACCGUUCCCAUCCGUGCUUAACGUUUGAGACUAAAAAAAGGAUUUUUACUUUUAAAUGUACAUAUAAAAUGGUUUUUAAUUAUAAGAAGUCUUUUGCAAUGAAGUAUUUAUUUUAAAAUAUGU